CAACUCGUCUUCUAAACAAUUUUCAUAGCCAAUCAGAACUGAAAUCAGCUCCUGGAUAAACUGGUUAAAUGCGACUCUCUGCCGAUCAUGUGCACGACAUUCGGUACAAGUACCGAGCCCUAGGCCUCACUCAGAGCACACCACGACUCAUGCCGGCUUCCGAUCGCGCAAACUUUUCCAAGCAUACGGUUGCGACAGCUAGUUCCAGGGAUUCGGUGUAGUCUGGGGAUCUCCAUGGGGGUCAAUAUAUAAAUAGCGGGGACAUACCAUGCAACGCUACUUUGGCAUAUCACUCUAUUGCUUUGUUCCUUAGACGUCGUCUUAUCAUCGUCAUCAACGACCACAGUGCUAUGGCGACUUCGAUCAAGCCGCGUGUGAAUGGGUACACUUGGGGUUGUGGCCUGUUUGCAGCGGUUGGCUCUCUGUUGUACGGCAUCGACUCUGGCAUCGUCUCAACAACCAUCGCACAGAAGGCAUUUAUCGAGUACUUCGACCCUUUCACCCCUUCCCUCAAAGGCGCUCUUGUCAGCACGUUUGGAGCCGGCUCUGUAUUUGGAGUCUUCUUCGCAGGGUGGUCUGCCGAUUAUUUCGGCCGUAAAAGGACCAUCAUGAUUGGAGCCAUCGUCGCGCUCAUCGCUGGUAUCAUUCAAGCCGCGUCCAUCAACAUUGGCAUGCUCAUAGCUGGACGUAUCAUCGGUGGUUUUGCAGUCGGCAUAAUGAAUAUGACCAUCCCCAUCUACAAUUCAGAGAUUGCUCCUCCGCACAAACGGGGUAUGAUAUCCGGCCUCCAUGCACAGUUCGUCGGUAUCGGGUUCGCUUGCGCCAACUGGGUCGGCUUCGGGUGCUCCUACUCACACGGGCAAUUCCAGUGGCGUUUCCCUCUAGCAUUCCAGUGCCUUCCUGCUAUCAUCGUUCUUCUCGGCGUCUUCUGGCUCCCAUUCUCUCCUCGCUGGCUUCUCGAACAAGAGCGUGACGAUGAAGCUUAUGCGGUCAUCAAGCGACUCCACGGAAAUACUGGUGAUGACACAUUCUUUCGAGCUGAAUUCACUCAAAUGCGCGACCAACUGCGCUUUGAGAAGAGCCAACAAGCUACAGGCUGGAAGGACUGCUUCGCCACCAAGAGCAACAGGAAGAGAAUCCUGCUUGCCGUGCUCGUUCAGGCGUUCACGCAGCUUUCAGGUGUCAAUGUUAUCAACUACUAUCAGACCGAUCUGUACAAAGGGCUGGGUCAGACUGGCCAUAUGGUUACACUCUUGGCUGGUGUAUACGGCCUUGUAGGCCCAAUUGCCAACGUAAUCUGCCUUAGAUACGUCGAUACGUGGGGUCGCAAGAAGACCCUCUGGAUUACUGGCCUCAUCAUGUCUCUCGAUAUGGUUCUCGUCAUGGGCCUUAGCGGCGCUUAUGGAAAGUCUAGCAACACGGUUGCAAAGGGCGUCACCAUCGCCUUUAUUUUCUGCUUUUCCAUUAUCUAUUCUCUUGGCUAUAACUCGAUCCACUACAUCUACGUUCCGGAGAUUAUGACGAUGGCUAUCCGCGCAAAGGGUUCCUCCAUCUCAGUCAUCUCCAACGUCCUCAUCAACAUUGUAUUCAACCAAGUCUCGCCUAUCGCGUUUACUGAGGUCGGAUACAAGUAUUACUCGCUGUUUAUCUGCACCAACCUUGUCGGUGCUGUGGUCGUAUUCUUCAUUUUCCCGGAGACAAAGGGCAAAACGCUCGAAGAGAUAGCCAAUAUCUUUGGUGAUGAGGUUAUCGUUGCAGACUUGGCGACUGUGAAGGAGAAAGUAGGACAUGAAGAGGAUGGCAAUGACGUUGUAAUGGUUGAGGAUAAAGAGGCGAAGAAAGAUACUUGAGUACAGAAAGAUGUGUUCUUAACAUAUGGGUCCCCGGCAUGGUGGAACUACUAUAUCCCUUGAAGCCUUUCUGGGUUAGGGAGGAAUGCGGGUCGCUGCCGUGCCCAGUCCCGUGCCUUACCUACUCGCUUGGAACCGAGAACUAGGGUGUAUAGUAUGAUGUGCGCCUCCCGCCCUCUUCUACCACUUACAGCAUUGUACCUACCAAGUGCUUUAGAUCUUUCCCAUCUCGCAAAAUACGCAUUUUCUGCAUCUUUUCACUCUCCCCUCGCCCUCCUAACGGCCCUUCAUUUUCUUCGUGUCGGCCUUACCUUAUCACUAGCGAGGAUCCGAAACCUCCAACUUCAACUUUGAACUGUUGCUGCAU